AUGAAGACAACGUUAAAAAGCUUCCGCAAAAAAAGUGUCUGUGCAUUUCUACCGUUAUCUGUGCUCGGGUAUUACGGUCUCAACAUCUUAUACAUACUUCCACACUUGUGCGAAUCUUACCUAUCGUUUUGGUACAUUGUUCACGUUCUACCCACAACAUUUAUGGCGUUUAAUAUAUUGACAAAUUACUACGCAAUGAUUUUUGUCGAUUCGUCAGUCUUUGGCCGUGUACUCCAUACACCGCACAACGCCAUAACGAGUUCAACGUAUUGUGACGUUUGUCAGUGCAUUAUGCCUCCGCGGUGUUGGCACUGUGCAGAUUGCAAUGUCUGUAUACUGACCAGAGAUCACCACUGCAUGUUCAGUCAGACUUGUAUUGGCCACUACAACCGUCGGUAUUUUUUGUGGCUUUUGGUUUACUUGGUCGUGAGCUGCUGGUAUGAAAUUGCUUUGCUCGGGUUCUAUUCUUACAAUGAAGUUGCUUUCCAACUGUCGGACUUGCACAUUUUGUCUCCAACAAGAGGGUUUAUAUAUGUAUACAUGUAUCAAAGUAUGACCGAAGGUCAAGUAUUCGUUUUUCUUCUAACGGUAAACACGUCGGCCGUUUUAUUCACAACGCUUUUAUUGACAUUCCACCUGGAAAAAGUAAUCGGUGGAUUAGUAGCUCGUGACAAAUACUCUGAAAGAAAGUACGAUGUCGGUAUGAUUGGCAACUUGGAAACGGUUUUUGGACGACAGUGGAAACUAACUUGGAUAUCGCCAUUUGUAGAAUCAAACUUACCUCAUGACGGAUUGGACUGGGACAGUUUAACAGAACGGAAUAAAUUACUUUAA